UCAUGCGGGGGUAGAUGAACGGAGCCAGACAGCGUGCCUUGCCAAACAAUGUCUGUGGGACGAAAUGGCGACGCCUACAAGUGGCAGCUUUAAUUUAAUUGGUCGAAACCUAAGACUCCUAUUGGCUGGGGAAAAAAUGCGCCAAAUGUAAAACCGGAAGUAAAAAAAAAAAUGAAUACAGCAGCCCAGGACAGAGAGUCGCCUGAUGCCUGAUCCUGACGCCUGAUACCUGAUCCUGACGCCUGAUGCCUGAUGCUGACGCCUGAUCCUGACGCCUGAUGGUGGAUUCCUGACGCCUGAUGGAGGAUUCCUGACGCCUGAUGCCUGAUGGAGGAUUCCUGAUGGAGGACGCCUGAUGAAGGAUUCCUGAUGGAGGACGCCUGAUGGAGGAUUCCUGAUGCCAGAUGGAGGAUGCCUGAUGGAGGACGACUGAUUCCUGAUGGACGACGUCUGACAGCUCAAGGAGGAAGUCUGAGGGCGGAGCGUUGAUGAGCGACGUCUGAGGAGGGAGGCUACAGAGCGGAGGUGCGACUGCACAUUUGGAUGAUCCGUGACUUCAAAGGCAAGCGAUGCGCAACGGAGAAGGCAUAGGACGACGCAUGACGCAAACUUUCCCAGAAGAGAAAAGCAGAUUCUGAUCCAGAACCAGAACUUGUGGUGAAAAUAGAACCAGAAGAGGAGAAUAAUGUUGCUACAGAUGUUUGUAAUGGAGAGGCAAACACUAAUAUAAAAAGAGAGCUAAACUAUUGCUGGGAAUGGGAAGGAGAUGGUGGCAUUUGGAUCCCAUUUUCCCCUGAGCUCAACACGCAGAUUAAUUUGUCAUUCAGUACAGGGAAACGAUCUGUGACGGUCUCACCAGCUGCAGGGGUGUCUCUACAGGUGGAUGUACAGAAAAUGGUUCAGAAAAACACACAGAGUGGGUUCCAGAGAUCGGUCCGACUGGCAGUGCAAGAUCGUGACAAAUAUUUUGUGUGGCAGUGGUGGUCUGAUGAGGGGGCUUGGAUUUCAUAUGAUGCUUGCACAUGUGUAGCUCUGGAGGAAGGUUUUCAAUCAGAAGCUAAGGUGGUGCCUGUAAGCUUGGGAGGUCGUCCAUACAUCAUAGAUCUAGAAGCGAUGGUGCAAAAGAAUAGCCAAACCCAAUAUGAAAGACAGAUUCAACGCAGCUUAUCUGGUUCUAACAGUGCUCCUCAGCAAAAGAGCAUCAUUAGUGCACCUGCAAAGAGAGCCCGUGGAAGCAACAGUGUAAGAAAUGUAGAAAAUGAAUCAGAGGAGAAUAAAGAACAGGUUAGGACUCUGAUAAUGAAAGGUAAAGCUCCAGUAGAUCCUGAAUGCUCCAUAAAGCUUGGGAAGGCUCAUGUUUUCUGUGAGGGAGAUGAUGUGUAUGAUGUCAUGUUGAACCAGACCAACCUUCAGUUCAAUAACAAUAAGUACUACCUUAUCCAAUUGCUGGAAGAUGAUGGUGUGAAAAAUUUCUCUGUUUGGAUGCGUUGGGGAAGAGUUGGCAAAGUUGGACAGCACUCUCUGGUAUCCUGUGGAAGCGAUCUACAAAAAUCAAAAGACAUUUUCCAAAAAAAGUUUUAUGAGAAGACUAAAAACUUAUGGACUGAACGAGCACAGUUUGAAAAAUGUGCUGGAAAAUAUGAUAUGCUGCAGAUGGACUAUAAUGCAACCGAGGAGGAAAAAGAGACAACAGUGAAGGAAGAGAGCAUGGCUGACGUUCCCAAACCAGAAUCCCAAUUGGAUGACAGUAUCCAGGAGUUAAUUGAGCUGAUUUGUAAUUUAAAGGCCAUGGAGGAAACUGUACUUGAGAUGAAAUUCGACACAAAGAAAGCUCCCCUAGGGAAACUGACAGUCGAACAGAUCCGUGCUGGCUACUGCUCUCUGCAGCAAAUUGAAAACUGUAUUAAGAAACAAAAGUUUGGCAGAGAUCUCCUUGAGGCAUGCAAUGAGUUUUACACCCGCAUUCCCCAUGAUUUUGGGCUACGAACACCUCCUCUUAUUAGGACGCUAGAAGACCUGACAGUAAAAGUUCGGCUACUAGAGGCAUUGGGUGAUAUUCAGAUUGCAGUGAAGUUGGCAAGCCUGGAGCUCAGCUCUCUGGAACACCCUUUCGACAGACAGUAUCGGCAGUUAAAUUGUUCUAUGCAGCCCUUGGACCAAACAUCCAGCACCUUCCAGCUUAUUGAGGGCUAUCUGCAAAGCACCCAUGCACCUACACACAAUGAUUAUACCAUGACACUCCUGCGGGUCUUUGAGUUACAAAGAGUGGGAGAAGAGUGCAACUUCAGAGAAGACCUUCCUAACAGGAUGCUGCUGUGGCAUGGAUCUCGGCUAACUAACUGGGUUGGGAUCCUUAGCCAGGGAUUAAGGGUGGCCCCUCCAGAGGCUCCAGUAACUGGCUAUAUGUUUGGAAAAGGAAUAUAUUUUGCUGACGUCUCGUCAAAAAGUGCAAAUUACUGCUUCUCAUCCCGGGACAAAAAUGUGGGGGUUCUCCUACUGUCUGAGGUGGCUCUUGGUGAAUGCAAUGAGCUUCUUGCUGCAGAUUGUGAUGCCCAAAAGAAGAUAAAGUCAAAGCACAGUACAAAAGGAUUGGGAAGGAGCAUCCCAGACCCCAAAAAGAGCAUAAUUCAUGAAGGAGCAGUGGUUCCAUUGGGUCCACUAAUGGACACUGGACUGACAAAUGACGGCGGCUACACAUUAAAUUACAACGAGUACAUUGUUUAUGAUCCUCAUCAGGUUCGCAUGAAGUAUCUGCUACAGGUCCGCUUUAACUACAGUUCCUUAUGGUAGCAUCUUCACAGGAGCACAAGAAGAUCUGAUGCAUGUCCGUGCAAUGGGGGAAGAAUGCAUUCAUAUGUUGUUCUGGGCAUCAGAAGUGCUCAUAAUGACUUGUUUUGUUAUAAGUCUCAUUAUAGACUUUUAAAUGUGUUGCUGUCUUUUUUAUAUUGGCUCAUUAGUUUAGGACAGUUCUGCAUUAAAGGAAAUAUUAACCUUAA